AUGAGACUCCAACGGUCUUUGUUUGUGCUAUCGUUCACUGCGCUAAGAAUCUCGGCAUAUUCAGGAUGCUCGCCUGAUGGGCCGCUUCUCCCGCGUCCUCAAAAGCUCGCGCAGUCUACCGCCAUUCAGAAUGCAACUAGCCAGCUACAAAGCUCACUCGACAAAGCGCUCUCUGGAAACUCCAGGGCGGGGUGGUCUGUCGAGAAUACAUCAUUUUCCAUCGGAUUCAUCUCAGCGGACUCUGAAGUACCCAUCUGGGAGUAUCACCAUCGCGGUGCAGCAAAUAUCAACGGCACGUACCAUACCGAUGGCGACACGCAGUACCUUGUCGGAUCCAUCUCGAAGCUCAUAACGGACAUGCUCGUUCUUCGCACUGGGAUCGAUCUGGACGUUCCAGUCACGCAGUACCUACCUCAGCUGUCCAACGAGUCUUCGAUUAUCAGUUGGGAGAACAUUACGCUUGCCUCCCUCGCCGAUCACUUGUCGGGCAUCCCACCAAACUACGGCUUCUCGGAGUGGUACUUCCUCCAGCCUCUCCUCGAGCAGCUUGGUUUCCCACCGCUUUCGGUUGAUGCUUACGAGGAGUGCGGCAUCGCAGGACUGAAUGGAGCAUGUUCGGAAGAGCAGCUCCUAAAAGGGAUGACAACCGUUCACCCCAUCACCGUCCCAUAUCACCGGCCAGUGUACUCUACGCUCUCCUUUACCCUCCUCAGCUACGCACUCAGCGCAAAGUACAACAAGAGCUACACCAACUUAUUAGAAGACUUCGUAAUCCGGCCGCUAGGCCUCACAAACACCGGAGCAUCUCCUGGAAACGCCUCCAGAGCCGCAAUCCCACCCAUCGAAAACAACUGGGGCAGUGACUACGGAGACAACGCGCCUGGAGGCGGUCUCUACUCUAGCCUAAACGACCUCAGCCGAAUCAUCCAAACGAUCCUGAACCGCACCGCACUGAAUACCGAGACAGAAGUGCGCGAAUGGCUCAAGCCACAUUCCUCAACGUCUUCGCCGUACACGCUCGUCGGACGUCCUUGGGAGAUAUUCCGCUCGACGAGCCUGACGCCCGCGCAUCCGCACACCAUCGACAUAUACGCCAAGACUGGCGGCGCGUACGGAUACACGGCGCAGAUGGCGAUCAUCGACCAGUAUGGAAUCGGACUCACUAUCCUCACUGCCGGGCCGCCGGAGGCAUACCGCAUCCUCUACGACACGAUGCUAUCCACACUCUUACCAGCCCUCGAAGAGGAGACACGCCUGCAGGCGCAGAAGUAUGUCGGAAACUUCUCCUCCUCCGACGCCAUGGUGAACUUAAGCACUAGUAUGGGCGAUGGUCCCGGCAUCCGACUCGACCAGCUCACGCGCAACGGCUCAGACAUCCUCGCCGCCAUCUCGCAGUUCUACACGCAAGCCCUUCCACAGUUCGGCACACUGUCGCCUGAUUUCCGCAUCUUCCCCGCUGCGUUCUCGCAGCGCGCUGUCGAGAACAUAGAUGGCAGGGAAAAAGACGUAGUGAGGCAGGACUGGCGCAUCAACCUCGACUUUCUGCCGAACACGGCCGAGAGCUCGGGCUCUGAGCUCCCGGGGCAGGGCGCGGUAAGAGAGGCUUGCAUUGCGUGGCAGACGGCGGACUGGUUUUACUAUGGUGGGGAGGCGGUUGAUCGCGUUGUGUUUGUUGAGGAAGGGGGGACGGGGAGGCUGCUUGGGGUGGAGGUGCCGUUUUUGAGAACAGGGUUGAUGUGUGCGGUAGAGAUGUACAGUUGA